CUUCGCACGACUGCGCCUCAUCACCAGCAACUAACGCCCAGCAGCGCGUUGGCCUGGCUCCGAAAGGUGGAGGAGAUGCGCAAGUGCAUGCGCGGCCGUCACUCCUACACUCUGGCGUGCGCCGUGUCGAUCUGUCUCGCCUCCCUCUUUGCACGCGCCCGCUCGCCACCUCCGCCCUGCUCCCUGCCCGCCUGGCCCGGCGAAGAAGUGGUCUCCUCGUGGGAGCACCACGGUUCGCGCGAGCGGUGCUUCUGUGCCUACGCGGCGCUGGCAGCGCACGCACAGCCGGGCACGCCGCGUCUGCGUGAGCUGGAGGAGUCAUGUCCUCGCUGGGCCGACUUUGUGUCGCUCGACGGCGGCCACUCGGCGACGAUGGUCCACGCGUCGGGAGCAUUUGCCAUCGCGCUCGGAUCGACCUCUGGCAACGCGAGCGAAAGAAAGUAUGGGUAUGUGCCCGACUGGGCGGCCGACCUGGGCUCCGGCUACGGCGAGGACUGCGACGUGAGCCGCGACCCUCGGUGUGAGGCGGUUGGUGCUCACGUGCUCUCGCUGCCACGGCGGCUCUACGUCGCCGACUGCUGCUCGCGGCCCGACGCGGCCAGAGGAGACGCGACAGUGGUGGCGGCGCGCCGGCCGGGGCCGCAGCCCGGCCCGUCGCUCGCCGACCUCAUCGCGAGCGACGCUGCGAGCGCCUGCGGGCUGCUGCAGGACCUCGUGGCUGGCGGGCUGAGGCAGGUGCGGCGCCUCGACGCUUUCGGCUCCUGCGCCGCGGAGAACGAGGAGCCGACUGCUGCGAGCGGCUGCUUGGCUCAGUGCUUCCACGUGGUGCCCGACGUGUGGUACCUGCACCUGCACACCACGGCGGGCGCGAAGGACAUCCGCGCCGCCCAGCCGUACAACGCCGGGCUCGGGCCCAGCUUCAACGUCUCCGAGGCGAGCGACCCGGCCACCGCCUUUGGAAGGUACAACGCUUGCGUGUGCGAGCCGCGCGCCUGGGCCGCCGCAGGCCGCGGGAGGGGUUCGUGCCCCGAGGCGCGCCCGUCGGACGCUGCCUACCCCGCCGAAGCGGCGCACGCCCUCUGUCGCAACGUCGCAGGCGCCUCCGGCGUCGACCCUCGGCUGUGUCACGCCUGCCGGCCGCCUGCCUCUACAUAUUUAAACCCCCGCCCUGCACGAUCUCGUGGUGUGUUUGACGUGUGAGAGGGGCCGAGGGAAGCCCUAGUCUGGCCGGUUUUCUUGCGGUAUCUUGAUGUAUCUCUCCAUAUCUG